ACCUCCCUUAGCGAUGCGUUGAUUACGUCCCCUGAUAUGACUAAUUCUACUUCCGGGGACUACAUGUACUUCCUGUUUUUUUUUAACAAUGGAGGAAGACAAUAGAGUUGUUGAUGCGUGGAAAAAUGAAAGAUUAAAUGCAUGUAAAAUUAACGAAUUAAAAGAAUACCUACGUAGUGUUGGACAACAUGUAUCGGGAAAUAAGGCUGACUUAAUAGAGCGAGUGAAAGGUGAUUGUAAGCUAAACAUUGGGAAUGUGUUUAAGGCUCGUGAAUCGGACAUUCAGGACAACCGAAAAAGAGAAUGUGAGCGGUUGAACACGCCUUUAGGAGAAACUCUUGUUCAUCCAUCCUAUUUAGAUCGUUGGAGUGAUGAUUUGUCCAAUAUUCCAGAUCUAAGUGAAAAGGACAUUUAUAAUUAUUUUGUGUAUAAAUUAAACACCAAACGUCAGUUGAAGUCGAAGGUCAUGUAUGAGAAUAGACACGUAUACAAUGUGCAGGUAAAUGAGACAGAUGAAAACCAAAGUCACUGUUUUGUGAAAUGUAAAGCUAUUCCUUCAAUGCCAACAACAAAUAAGAAACAGUGUCCAGACUACAAUGUAUGGGUUAUGCUCUCAAAGAUGACUGGAUGUAUAAAUUCCGCAGAAUGUAGUUGCACUGCCGGGGAAGGAGAAGGCUGUAACCAUGUCGCGGCCCUCCUUUAUGCCAUUGCAGACAUAACCGAGAAGAAACGGGAUGGAAAAUUGGCACCCACAUCAAUGAAAUGUACAUGGAGCAAUCCACGGAAGAGGAAACUGACACCUAAAAAGUCACAGGACCUUACAUUUAAGAAGGUAGUUCAUGGUAAAGAAAGUGUUAGGAAAAAUUGCCAAUUCCUGUAUAUGACAUUAAAAAGCCAGUAGAUGUUGAAAAGUUCAAGGACAAGCUUCUAAGUCUAAAUUCAAAUGCAGGGUGGCUGAAGAACUUUGAGUUAAAAUCAGAUCACAUUUUUCUUCCAAAACUCCAUGACAUAAAAUUUAACUAUAGUGAUCAGGUGAAUCUGGAAGGAGUA